AUAGAAGUGGUCAGAUAUAUGGGAAAAGCAACAGGUAAGAAUAGAAUGUUUAGCUCAGUUGAGUAAUAAUACUUAAAUGCCAUGCAACAUCAGUUUGGUUUAUAUAUUAUAUAUUUAUCUUAUUGUAGCUAAAAUUCACUGUGUAGCUGAUUCGGAUUGUGUUAAUACACCUAACGAUGUAGCUUGUCUACCAUUUUCUGUUAUACCACUGGACACUGAGAAGACAAUCAGUGAUGCCAUUAAUAGACAAGAUCAAGAAUUUAUUGAUGAUAUGGUCAACUUUGGAAUGGUAUGUAUAGAAAUGUUUGCUUGAAUUUUGUCACAUUGAGAAUUUUUCUAUCAUAACCUUUAUUCUAUCUUACUGCGAAAGUCAAUCUAUUGUUUAUUCUGUAUCUUUACAAAUGACUUCUCUCUAGGUAUAUGGUAGUCUAGUUCGACGUGAUCAUCGAUUAUUUUUUGAAGCA